AUAUGUAAGAAGAUGUAUGUAUGAACAGUUUUGCGUUGGUUAACAGAUCUGGGAAGAUGGAUACAAGAAAUAAAAGCUGUGCAGAUUGUCACACAACAAGAACACCUCUUUGGAGAGGCGGUCCAGCUGGGCCACGAUCGCUAUGUAAUGCCUGUGGGAUUAGAUACAGAAAGAAGAGGAGAGUUGUCCUGGGCGUCAACAGAGAUCAAAGAGGAGAGAAGAGCCAAAGGAAGAAGAGUAAAGAUGGCGUUUCGUUUAAGUUGGGAGAAGAGGAGCAAGCGGCUUUUUUGUUAAUGGCGCUCUCUUGUAGCUCUGUUUUUUGUGCUUAA